AUGGCCCUUACUAGUCCUUUAGCUACGCCUCUAGUUAAGGGCAUUUUGGAUUUUACGAUCAAGCUAAUAUGUAUUACACUUCACGGUCAACUCAGAGCUAACACCUUCCUUUUCUCUCCUCCAAAAUCUCCUCCCUCCUUCUCCACCCUGACUCUGGCUCUAGCCAUAACAACCUCUGUCGCUGGCUUUAUGAAACCUUCCAUUCAAUGGACCCCAAACGCCAACUCGUUAUAUCGUUUCAUUCCCAUCAUCAAUGGUGUCUACGUUUCCCGCAUCGCUCAGCGUAAAUCCCUGGCUGGUUUUGAGGCUAUUCGUUUAGCACUUUACGCACAUGAAACUACUGCUCGUGGAGGCCAACCAGUAAUCGUUCACGUCCCAGAUUUAUCACGCCCUAGUAUUUAUCAUGAAUCCAAACCAUUUCUAAAAAACAUUUCAACCGGGCCAAACCUAACGGUGAUGACUCCCAGUUUGGAGCCUCAUGGGACUACGCGAUCGACAAGAAGGGCCUGGAUUGUUGGUGUUGCAUUAGAAUUGUAUUGCAAUAAGAUAUCUCAAAUGCCAGCAGGUCAAGCCGGAGAUAAUUGCAAAGACGGUGAAGUAGAUCAUGGCAAGAGCAAUGGUAGCAAUGAUCAGAUCGAGAAGGUAAAGAAGAAAGAAAGGAGGAUUCCUUUGCCAUGGGAGCUUUUGCAGCCAAGUUUGAGGAAAUUGGGGCAUUGCCUUUUGGGUCCUCAUAGAAGUAUGGAGAUUUUUUAUGCGGCUUCUUCAGCAACAAGGAGUUUUGUUCUUCGACUUGAGAAGGUGGCCUUGGAUCCAACCAUUACUAUUGAUUAUACUGAAAUUGAAAUGACAAAUGUUACGUCUUUGUAA